AUGGCAGCACCUACACGAAGUCUACGACACCUGUCGUCUCUAAGAGCGACUAUCUCUCCAGCAGCAUCAGCCCUCACACCCCUCGGCUACCGCACCUACGCCACAACUGAUGCUUCCUCAGCCACCUCUAACAAUACAACGGGCGUUACCCGGCGGCGCAAAACAGUUUUCCAAGAUAAGCUAAACGCCGGCCCUUCGUUCUCGGACUUUGUAUCAGGGGGCAAUGAAGAUGCCAUUGUCGACCCCGCAGAAGCCUACGCCCUCAAAACAGCUCUUGUCGGCCCCGCCGGCCGCAAGAAGGAAAUGACUCGAUUGCCCUCAUGGCUCAAGACGCCAAUCCCAGACUCCAAGAACUACCAGCGUUUGAAAAAAGAUUUGCGCGGAUUGAAGCUCAAUACUGUCUGCGAAGAGGCUCGCUGUCCCAACAUCUCCGACUGCUGGGGUGGUAGCGACAAAUCCGCCGCCACCGCAACUAUCAUGCUCAUGGGCGACACCUGCACGCGCGGAUGCCGUUUCUGCAGUGUAAAGACAUCUCGCAACCCGGGUCCACUCGAUCCCCACGAGCCGGAGAAUACCGCGGAGGCUAUCUCCCGCUGGGGACUUGGAUAUGUAGUAAUGACUUCCGUGGAUCGGGAUGACCUCGCAGACGGAGGAGCACGACACUUUGCCGAGACGGUGAUUAAAAUCAAACAGAAAGCACCGAGUAUAUUGGUCGAGUGCUUGACGGGUGACUUCCGUGGCGACCUGGAGAUGGCGGCUUUGGUCGCGCGAUCCGGGCUGGACGUCUACGCGCACAACGUCGAGACAGUCGAGGCUCUGACGCCAUUUGUUCGUGACCGCCGCGCCACUUUCCAGCAGUCAAUCCGAGUCCUUGAGGCUGCUAAGGCUGCUGUGCCCGACCUUAUCACCAAGACAUCUCUCAUGCUCGGUCUGGGCGAAACAGAUGAGCAACUCUGGGAUGCCCUCCGCCAACUCCGUGCCGUCAACGUUGACGUCGUGACAUUUGGUCAGUACAUGCGUCCUACCAAGCGCCACAUGGCUGUUCACGAAUACGUGACUCCAGAUCGGUUCGAGGCGUGGCGUCAGCGCGCCCUUGAUAUGGGCUUCUUGUACUGUGCCUCGGGUCCUUUGGUGCGCAGCAGUUACAAGGCUGGAGAGGCGUUCAUCGAGAAUGUUUUGAAGAAGCGCCGUGCUGGUUCUGGAUCCGCCGAAAGCACAGUCGCACAGACUGUUACUUCGGCCGAGGCAACCCGCUAA